GAAUUUUCUGCAACAGAAACGUUUCUUUUUAGGAAAGUCAAAAAUAGAAUUCAACUCGAUUCUUUUUCUUCGAUCGAUUUUUGAAGAAAGUUGGCCCGGAGAGUGGCAGAUCGUCGCGCGACGAAUUCAAAGCCGCGAUAGUUUCUGCUUGUGAAUUUAUUAUAGCAAUCUGGACACCGAUGCGAUGCCGAUCAAGCUCUACUAUCGAGGUUACUCGAGAACGGAUCACGAAAACGAAGCGGCGCCGGAUGAAACUUCUUACAAGACGACCAACAAGGCCACGUUGAAUUAUUUGAGAAAUCACGAUCUGAAUCUACCUUAUUCUAUCAACACGGUUCACUUGCAGAACCCGUACAAGCAAUCCCAACGACUGGAAGGAUACUCAACGAGGGAGAACUUUAAAGUGCGAUCAGGGUCGGUGAAGAUCAUGUAUCGAUCAAGGGACACGACGCUAAGAUGGAGGGCCAAUAAAAAUGCAGUGUCGAAGAGGGACACCUCCAUGCUGCAACAUUACGAUCACGACGACGAUAAGAAUAUAAGGAAACAUGAAAAUGUGCAACAGUGUUUUAACAAUUCAGACAUAAACAAUUCUCUGAAACAAUACUGCACGAACAGUUCGCUUCAUGGCUUGCGUUACGUUGGCGACUCAAACCUAACGAUCAUGGAAAGAAUCUUCUGGAUAAUCUCGUUCACGCUUGCGGUUGCAACUGCCAGUUACUACAUCUGGUAUCUGUACUGGAAAUGGUCCUUGUCGCCUAUCAUCAUCUCCUUGAGCCCCGAAUCUGCAUCCUUGAACGAAAUUCCGUUUCCCUCGAUCACCCUUUGCAACAUGAACAAUGUGAAAAAUAGCGACGCAGUGCGCAUUAACGCUGGAAAUGACGCACGGCUGAAGCUGUUGUUAGAAGACAGAUGCAACUUCGAUUCCAACCUAACGGCCUUCGAUCUCGAUGAGAGCACGAUAACAUGGAGUAGCAUGCUGCAUUUUAUGAUCAAUAUGUCGCAAACCUGCACGGAGAUGUUGCAUUUGUGCUCUUGGCAUGGUAACGUUACCGAAUGUUCGAGGAUCUUCAAUCCUACUAUGACCGAUGAGGGAAUAUGCUGCAACUUCAACUCUGUGCACAGGAAAUAUCUAUUUUACAAUCCACGAGAUUGGCCCGACCUGAACAUCACGUACCCGUACAGUAGCAUCGAUUGGAACCCUGAAACUGGCUACGACGAAAACGUGGCCGCCGAUUCUCUGCCAUGGAGGCCGUACGGCGCUGGACAAUUCUACGGUUUAACUUUGGUCCUCGACGCGGACAUAGCGGAAUAUUAUUGUUCGUCCACUGCCAGCGUGGGUUUCAAGAUGCUGCUGCACAACCCAGUGGAGACCCCUAAAAUAGCCGAAUUCGCGUUCACUGUGACCCCGGGUGAGGAGACCAGGGUAAUCAUAACGCCUCGGAUAUCGACCGCCAGCAUGUCGAUAAUCUCCAUUCCUCAGAAGAAGAGAAAGUGCUUCUUCACGACCGAGCGAAAGCUGCGCUACUACAGGACCUACACGCAGAGGAAUUGCGUAUUGGAAUGCGAGGCGAACUUCACCCAAAAAAUUUGUCACUGCGUCCAGUAUUACAUGCCCAAGUCCUCGAACACGCCGAUCUGCGAGAAGAAAGACGAUGCAUGCGCGACGAACGCUCGAAGAGCGAUGGAAAUGAAACUUUACGACGAGGACAGUGGCUUAACUUCUUUAAACGUUUCGGGAACGCCCAGCUGCAACUGCUAUCCAGGGUGCUUCGAGAUCAACUACAACGUCGAGAUUUCGCAGAGUAAAUUAGUUCCCAACUUCAAUAUCGCCGAGGGCUAUGUGAAGAAGAGCAAAAAAUAUUUCACCGAGAACAUGGCAGUGGUUCACCUAUUUUUCGUCGAGUCCCAGUUCACCAAAUACGUGAAAAACGAACUGUUUGGAUUCACGGAGUUCCUUUCAAGCACGGGUGGCUUAUUGGGACUCUUCAUGGGCUUUAGUUUCCUCUCGCUGGUGGAAAUUGUUUAUUUCCUAACGCUGCGGAUCUGCUGUCGUAUAUAUAAAAACAAUCAAGCUGCUCGUAACAUUCUUCAGGUGCAGCCGUUAGAUCAGAGCCGGAACGUAAUUUACCCAUUUGUACAGUAACUUUUGCUGAAGAAUCUUAUUUUUAAAAGUGCACAAACAUACGAGCAAUACAUGUAAAUAAUUAUCGAAAUAAUAUACGAAAUAUACGAUUCAGUGUGCUGUGCUAAUUACAUUUAAAAAAAAAAAUAUUCCCUCAAUAUAACGUGUCCAAAUUAGGCAUUUUUUAUUAUAGUACCUGGUAACUGUUGUAAAUCAGGUAAUCUUAAAUUUUCGAUGUUAAUAUCGAUAGUUUAUUUCUUAUAUCUUUCAAAAUCGUAUCUAUUAUUGAUAACAUCUUAUUUUAAGUAUUUUAACUAUCGUCAAAGUGACAAUAAUAUUUGACCUUUCAAUUU